GGAGGAGAGCACUGAGAAAGGCUGGAGCAAACACAUACAUACACAGACAAGCCGGAUCGCAGAAAGGGAGCAAUUGGCUGGACGGGGACUCUCAUCAUUCAGCGCUGACUGUCUUUGGCAGUCUCUCAGCUCCUGGCUCAGCUUCUGGUGACAAAGGGGCUCAAUGACUCUCCUUAGACUCCUCUCCCCCAACACUAAGGGGGUGGAGAGGUGUGAGCCGUUCUCAGCCAAAAAAGGGGGCGUCUUCCCCCCCUAAAUACCCAGAGACAGAAGACUGCGAAGAGAGUUGCUGCUUCCAUAGCUGGGGGGGAGACCCAGCCCCUCUCUAGACUUAUAGGACAUACUCCACUUUUGCAGACCUCCUGCUUUUUCCAGGACUUGUGCCCCCCUAAUUCUCCUCGGAUUGCCUCUUUCUGCUGGACAUUAAAGUACGGACAGGGGGAGAAGGGCUCCGAUUCGUGCCUCUCGGAUUAAACAGGAACGCCCGCAAGAGCCGGACAGUCCCCGAGACGCGUACAGGUGGCAUCAUGCAGCGCACAGGAUGCCACGUGGAUCUAUUUCUGGUUCUUUUUGGACUGCAGUUGCCUUUCAUUUCACUAUGCCCCAUAAACUGUGUGUGCUAUCCUUCACCAAUGACUGUCAGCUGCCAGUCACACAACUUUGGAGUUGUACCGGAGGGCAUUCCAGAAAUCAGCGAGAGAAUAUUCCUACAAAACAAUCAGAUAACCAUGCUCCUUCGUGGACAUUUCAGCCCUUCCUUAGUGACACUGUGGCUUUAUAGCAACAACAUUACCUUCAUAGAUCCAGAUACAUUUGAAGGGUUUGACAACCUUGAAGAGCUGGAUCUAGGGGACAAUCGCUAUUUGAGGGCUUUGGCAGCAGAGACCUUUCAGGGUCUUAGCAGACUUCAUACCUUGAACCUGUAUAAAUGUGGCCUCAGUUCUUUGCCUAGUGGAAUAUUUAAUGGCCUCCACAGUCUGCAGUAUCUCUAUCUCCAGAACAACCACAUUGAGUUCCUACAAGAUGACAUCUUUAUCGAUUUGGUGAAUCUAAGUCAUUUAUUUUUGCAUGGCAACAAGCUUUGGAGCCUCCAUCAAAAUACAUUUAGGGGCCCGGUGAACUUAGACCGCCUUCUUCUCCAUCAGAACCAACUCCAAUUUAUUCACAAAAAUGCAUUCCAUGAUCUUAAGAGGCUGACCACACUUUUCCUCUUUAACAACAGCAUUUCUGAACUUCAGGGAGAAUGUUUAGCGCACCUUUCUGCUCUAGAGUUUCUGAGAUUGAAUGACAACCCCUGGGACUGUGGCUGCAAAGCUAGGUCUCUGUGGGAGUGGCUACAAAAAUUUAGAGGGACAAGUUCAAGUGUGGAAUGUGAGUCACCUCCAAUGUUGCAAGGUAGAGAUCUCAAAACUUUGAAAACAGAACAAUAUAUACACUGUUCAGGCUCUGAGUCACUUCACCAAAUUAAGACAUUCAGCACGACACACCAGAUAUCACAUAAAGGACAUCAUUCACAUCAUUCCUCAAAAGAAAAGGGAAAAGAUGUGCACCAAAAUGAGCCAGCUGCCUAUCCAGAUUCACGUCCAGGAAAUAGGAAACCUGGGAAGAACUGCACAAACCACAAAAACCGAAAUCGGAUCUCAAAGCCCCUCUCUGGGAAGAGCAUUCAUGACGUACAGGAUUACAUGCCGGAUUAUCAACUGAAAUUAAAUUUUGACACUAUCCCCACUGCUACAACAAAGAGGAAGACUAAAUGUACUCGUAGGACGUCCCUCAGGAUACCCAGUGGAGUGCAGGCACCAGGCAACAGGUGUGAUGGGGUCAGGGUAUCUCUGCUGCUCUUUCUCCUGGUCUUGGCUGUCAUUGUACGCUGACCUGAUGUGGAAGGAACUUUAGCCACUGCCACCACUUUCUAAAGGACCAGCAUUUCUUUCUGUUAUUCUUCUUUAUUUGUGUAUGGAGGAUUUGACAUGGAGGAUCAGUGAAAGUGGCUUCUGGUGAUUUGUUGGCUUGUGUUGGUGGAUUAUAAAUGUGAAUCGGAUGCAAAAGAAGUUGGGGGAAGCAUAAUCACAAGCCUGUACCACAUACAGCCCCAGCUUUGCACGUACAAAGGGCAACAUCUUUCAAGAAAUUGCAGAAAAAUCAUGAUUCAUUCUAGUUACCAACUGGACAUGCAAAAUGGGGCAUUCUUACUAAUCCUUCCUUUUAUUUUUUUAUAUAUAUACAUUUUUUGAUCUUUUAAGUGGGAUCAAAAUUGUUUAAAAAAAAAAAAAAAAACUCCCACAAACAUGACAAGUCAGGCCUCCUACACAUGCAAAAGACACUGUGUGAGUAAUAUCUCCAACUGGUUCUUUUGGCCUAUUCAGAUGUUAUUGGUCUUUGGGCCAAUGCUGCUCAGAAGACAAUCUACAAUUCCUGAAAAAUAAACUCAGGCAUAUAAUCUCUAUAUAGCAGGGCUCAGCUGCCUUGCUACCAAAGGAAGGUUGUAAGCAUACAAUAGGACUUGUUAAAAAUAAAAAAUGAGAUUCCUGCAGGCAGCCUGUUUAUUUUAUAUCUGUAUCCACAUAGUUAUUUAAUGACACAGUCCUUUCCCUUUCCUUCUAUCUGUCCAAAAUAUUCAUAAGUGUGUCUAUAAAUGUUUCUAUGGCUAUAUCUAAGAAAAAAAAACUUCAGAAAAAGAAAAUUGUGCUGUUUGUUUUUUAGCAAAUAGACAUUAUUGGCUUUGAGCUUGAAAACAUUGGCAAAUCUGCUUAGUUAUUGGGUGGGUGGGGGUUAUACAUAAUAAGCCACUGCCAAAGGCAGGUAGUACCCAUUGGUGGCCUACGGUGCCAUCUUGAAAAAGCUGCAGAUGGUGUUCUUCAUGUAACACUAGUCCGUUUUCAGAACAACCUGAUAUUCCUCAUGAUAAAGAAGGCAGGGGGACAAACGUGAAUGAAGGUACAUUUAAGUGGAAAGUGAAUAGUACAUUUAGCAUUUGAGAAAUGCUUAUUCUCAUUCAGCCAUAGCAGUCAGUGUGGAAUUGGGGAGCAAAUGAUAAAACAAAGUAUGGUCAGAAAGGAAAAGAAAACAAUGGCUCCCUUCAGUGUUAGUUAAGUGUUUGCCUUAUAGCUGGUCUAGAGGUAUUCACAGCAUAGACCUGUGUCCCAGGCAAUGGCCAUAAUCAUGUCACCUUAAUUAAACAUUACCUUAUGUGUUAUGGUACAGCCCUUGGUUUAGCUUGUGCCUAGGACACAGAUUGUUUUCUAAGUAUAUAUCCAAAAGCUCCUGGGUAGAGGCCUUUAAGAUAUGUGAAAAUAUAUUUAAUUAACAAAAGAAAAUUAUCAGAAGGUAUAUAGUAAGGCUUUAGUGGAGUCCGCCUGUUCCUAUUGCUGUCUGCAGAGUAUUCUGUGUUCUAACAUAAUAAUACAUUAUCACGAAGAGAGCUACUGGUCAAGAAGAAAGGAUGGUGACCAACACAAACAAAUUCAAAGCCUUUUAAUCUUUGGCCAAUCUUCAUAAAUUGCCCUACAGUUGUCCUCAAAGGCUAACAGGGAAAGAACACAACACAAACAAAACUUUACAGUAUAUAAAGUGCUAUAAGGACUGUCAAUAGUUUUCACUAAAGUUUUGCCAACAGCAAAAAAAAAAAA